AUGCCACUCGGAGAAUCAAGACUCAAGCCACCGACAUCACCGAUGUCUGCUCCACGCGUCGCCCCGCCAGUUCGCGUGCAAACGGAACCCUCCAAACCUGCCUCUGCGAUGGCUACCAUCAGCCCUGUACAGCGACAGAGAACCGCCGUCUUGCCGCCCACCUCACCGAGACCACUCCUCCGAGCUUCGUUCAAGGUUGGACCUACCCUAGAUAGUCUCGUGACGGUUCGUCGAUCCGAUUCGGGCUCCGUUGUUGGUGGUUCCGGUGGUUCCGUCGUCGGGGGCUCAGUUGUUGGAGGCCCAAGAUCGCGCCCAAAAACCAGCGCAUCUAAAGUCCUCGCGACUUCUCCCCUCGGCGCCAGGCCUGGAUCGAAUGGCUCUUCAGCACCAUUCAAUACUGGGAGCCAGUUGACAGUUCGCGUACCAAGUCAUGGAGGAACUCCCGGUUCCAAGCUUGGAUCCAGUCCCCCACUCCCCACCACGAGCCCUGUCUACUUUGCACCGCGAGCUUCACCGAACCCUGAAGCGAGGAUGCCCUCUCCAGCACCUCAAAAGUUCUUCGCCCUUGGCGCUAACCCUGCGGCAAGCACCGUGGGUGCACGCCCAACAGGUGCACGCCCAACAGGUGUUUUGAAGCACUCUGCCAGUUUCGAAUCCACCUCUGUACCGAAGCCGACGUCAGGAAACAAGAACAUGGCCAUCGCGUUUACCAUGUCGUGGGACGCGGCCGGCGAGGUCACGGCCCGGUGUUUGCUGGACCCAGGUGCCUCGGUUGCCUUGUUAUCCAAGACAUUUGUGAAGGAACAUUCCGUGCCGAAAAUCAAACGAAAUAUUCACAUCACGGUUUACGACUUGGAGAAGAGGGUUGUUCCGGAUGCCGGUGGCGCUUACACGCAGCCGCUGGUUCUCCGGCACCAGGACCACUUUACGAAAGAGACAUUCGAAAUCGCAGCGCUGGACGAGCGCAUCGAUGCCGUACUACCGCUCGAAUGGAUCGAAAAACACGAACUCGUUGGACUUCGCUCGGGCCAGGUGUACUUCGGUUCGACAUUUUGCAUGCAGAACUGCACCAAAAAUAGGCUAGCACUACCGAAGGACUCCUCGGCAGCAUCAACCGCCGAAAAGCCGUUAUCAUCAAAGUUUAAGAAGUCUACUCCUGUCCCUGUGAAAUCCUCAAUCCCAUCGCCCAAGUCUCCAGCCCCAGGGAAGGCCAGAGCUAUAACAGGCACCAAGAUCACCGCACCGUCUAAGCCAACAGCGCCUCAAAAGCCAGCUACCAUACUGACGAAACCGCCCCCAAAGUCUCCUUUGCCCGGAAAGGCGGGGUUCUCCAAGCUCGUGAUUCCGAGUGUUGCGAAAACAACCACAGCCGAACGCAAAAUUUUGACUCCUAGGAAGUCAUCUGCCACUAUCAAGCCGACGAACAAGCCAAUGGACACACAGCUGGCUAAACCGACUGGUCCAGCCCGUAAGCUGAUAUCUCCGAAUUCCCUCAAGAUUUCUACCAUCAAAAACACCCCGAAGAUGGAUUUGCACAAGGCUCGGGAUGCACCUGUGCCUGCUACUGAGAUUCCUGAUUUGAUCCAUGACGAGGAUGGAUACGACUCGACCGCCAGCUCUGAGUUUGAGGAGAACCCGGGGGUACCACUUACCCCCAACGGACACUCGGACAAAUCUCACCAAAACGAAUCCCCUGAUGUCGACCACGCCCACGAGAGUCCUUCUGGAGUGAUUGGCAGUGAAGUGAGGGGAGUCGAAGUUGUCGGUGAAAUCCAAUGA